GCUGCUGCACAAGAGAGGAGAUUUGUUCACCUGUCCUCCCACCGAUGCCCUGGCGCACUGCAUCAGUGAAGACUGCCGCAUGGGAGCAGGGAUCGCUGUGCAAUUCAAGAAGACAUUUGGUGGAGUAGAUGAGCUUCUGGCACAGAAGAAGCAACCUGGGCAGUGUGCUGCCCUUAGAAUAUCUGACCGUUUUGUGUACUACCUGGUCACAAAGAAAAAGUACAACCAAAAACCCACCUAUGACAAUCUCAGAAAGGGCCUCGUGUCUAUGAGGGAACACUGCUUGGCCAAUGGCGUUAACAGUAUAUCCAUGCCUCGGAUUGGCUGUGGUCUGGAUAAACUGAAAUGGGAAAAUGUGUCUUCCAUUAUCACAGAAGUCUUCCAGGACACAAAAAUCUCCAUCACUGUGUACACAAUCUAGACCACAGCAGGUCUGAAGCUCACAUUAUUUCUUAGCCGUUCUUGAAGAAUGGUUGUAGGGUGGCCUUUUUUCCAAUGGAAUUUCACAGUGUACUGUAUGGUGUGUAGGGUGUUCAGUAGUCUUGUUCUGGGAAACAUAAGCUCCUAGGACUGUUCCAGUUAUAUACACUAAGAAUAUGUAGGGGUUCGAUUCCAUUGUUCUUCCACCCUCCUGUUGCAUCUCUAAAUUGUAUGGAUGUUCUUUUCACCACUAGAGGGUCAUUGGAUUGUUUGAUAAAUUAUGCUUUACAGUUCAUAUUUUUCCAGUAAUUAUCACUAUAUUAAAUGUACCUCUAAUAUUAAUGCACUAUAAAUGUCCCAUAAAUAAUAAUUCCACUAUUAUUCUGAUAUCCUUAUUUUCCAAUUUUUUUCUUCAGUACAUUGGUUCUCAGCUGUGUUCCUGGAGACGUUUAAAAGCUGUGUCUCAUUUCCAAAGCAGCACCCUCCAAAGGUUGCAUUAGUCAGCCUCAUACGUCACAGAACCUCUCUCAUUUCAGAAAAGCAACCAUUAUAAAAUUCACUGUUAGUCCUCACGAGGCAUAAUUAGUCAUUUCUGUCUUUAGAAUAUAAUGGUCGACAGAUAAGGCCGACAAAUGCGACCUCUGGAGGGUGCAGCCUUUGAAAUGAGACACAGCGAAAAUGUGCAGUUUAGGGGGGACUCCAGGAACACAGUUUUGAUCCACUGCAUAAGUGCAUAUAAAUAUCAUCGAAAAGUGUCACACCGUCAUACUGCUGUCUUUAAGUUGUGCUAAUUGUGCAAUUGUGCUAAUUGACUCGUGUUUAUUGUUUUACAUACAGGGAGACUGUUCAC